UAUGGGAGUAUCGUGAAGGUGGUAGCUGCUUCCUGAAACCUUACUUGGGCCGGAAUUCAGGGAACCCAAGUUUUAAGCCCACCAGGAGGUGUCAUGCUGAGUUCUUUUUCUUAAGCUUAAGAACUUGGUUUCGGCGUUUGGGGCAAGCUCAGUUCUUGUUCUUGAGCCUGUUUUCCCUGAGGUCUCGCGAGAUCCUCAGGCUGAGCCGAGAGCGCCCCAACAGCCGGUGUCUCGUAGGAGCUCUACCGGGCACCCAGAGCCUCAGCGACCUGAAGUCGCGGUUGCGCCCGGGCGCAGGCCUAACGCCGGCGGACCCCGCCCGGGACCCUGGCAGCGAUGGACGAGGACCUGGUUUUGGCACUGCGGCUUCAGGAGGAGUGGAACUUAACGGUCCCAGAGCGCGCUCGGGCCCAGGAGCCCCUGUCACUGGUGGACGCGUCCUGGGAGUUGGUGGAUCCCACCCCGGAUUUACAGGCCCUGUUUGUGCAGUUCAACGAUCGGUUCUUCUGGGGCCAGCUGGAGGCCGUCGAGGUGAAGUGGAGCAAGAGAAUGACCCUGUGUGCUGGGAUAUGCACCUAUGAAGGGAAGGGUGGAAUGUGUUCCAUCCGUCUCAGUGAACCCCUUUUAAAGUUGAGACCAAGAAAGGAUCUUGUGGAGACCCUCUUGCAUGAAAUGAUACACGCCUAUUUAUUUGUCACUAAUAAUGACAAAGACCGGGAAGGGCAUGGUCCCGAGUUUUGUAAGCACAUGCAUCGAAUCAAUCGCCUGACUGGAGCCAACAUAACGAUUUACCAUACCUUCCAUGAUGAGGUGGAUGAGUACCGGCGACACUGGUGGCGCUGCAAUGGGCCGUGUCAGUUCAGAAAACCCUACUACGGCUAUGUUAAGCGUGCGACCAACAGGGCCCCCUCUGCUAAUGACUAUUGGUGGGCUGAGCACCAGAACACCUGUGGAGGCACGUACAUAAAAAUCAAGGAACCAGAGAACUACUCAAAAAAAGGCAAAGGAAAGACAAAACUGGCAGCAGCAGAGAAAAAAGAUAAACCUAACGGAGUUGUCCCAUUUAGUGGGAAAGGACAUGUUCUAGGAGAAAGUUCACCUUCAUCUGGGAAGUUGAAAACCCAAGAUCUUUUAAGUCAAGAUCAUUCAGCAAAAGGUGUAAGACUGAAUUCUAAAAUUGAGGUGAAAUUUGAACAGAAUGGUUCAAGGAAAAAAACUUCUCUAGUCUCUCCUGUUCUUAAUACCAGUCACCAAAAUGUUUUAAGUAACUACUUUCCUAGAGCAUCAGUUGCCAAUCAAAAGGCUUUCAGAAAUGUGACUGGAUCUCCAAAAAACAGCACAGAAAUUGGUGACAUCAAUAAAAACUCCCUCUCUUCUAGUUCUCCAAGAAGGACUUCGUCUUCUAAGAUCGCCCUGAGAAAUUCUUUAAAAGCAAUAGAAUCAACAUCUGUGACUGCAUCCCAGAAUGCAGGUGGGUCUGAAUAUGAAUUCCCAAGUAAACGACGCAGACUGGAAGACAAGACUGUUUUUGACAAUUUUUUCAUCCAGAAAGAGAAAACACAAAGUGGUGGUAACGAUCUAAAAUGUAGUUCACUUCCUGUGGCUGCAACUCAGAAUUCCAGCAGUUCAUCCGGUCAGAGCAAAAUGGUUAAUUGUCCUGUUUGUAAGAAUGAAGUUUUAGAGUCUCAGAUUAAUGAGCACUUAGAUUUGUGCCUUGAAGAUGAUAGCAUCAAAGUCAAAAGCGGAAAAAAUCUUUGAAAAGAAAAUGGGUCUCACAUACAACCAGUGCUACCUCACCAACAGAGUUUCAGUCACUCAGGAAGUUCUGGUUAGUACUGAGACUUGUAGUUACAAUCUAGUUCAUGUAACCAAUACAGAUGUGUUUUAUAUGCAUAUAAGACAUUGUAAUUUAAAACACUUGUCUGAAGGCGCCAUAUUUAUAUUCACUCUUGCUUUGCAUACGGUAGCCCAGUUUGUUCUGCAUGUUCACGUGCAUAAUUUUCAGAUGCUUUUGUUCUUUCUGGCUCUUAAAUGUUUUUAGAUCUGUUCAUCUUUUUAUUUGCAUACUUUCCUAAAACUGUUUAAUGAGGAGUUAAAUAUUUGGUUAUUAAUAUUAAAACUCGUUCCCAGUACUGUUAAUAUUUAUAGUGUCAGGCAUAGUAACCAAAAACACAAUGUAGAAUACAAAGUAUGUUAGUUGUUAGGGUACUCAAGGUAUUUUUAAAUGUUUUAACUUUAUCCUCCCAAAUCUUAACAGGAAAUAUAUUUUAUAUAUUUGAAAGAAUUUUAUUUCUGUUUUACUUUGGUGGCAGCAGAUUUUAGGUUAAAGUAGAUAGAGUAUAGUAAAACAAAUUUCUUUUGACAUAUUACUAGUAACAAAUAGCCACUAAUAAUUUUGUAGGCCAGAGUUUUAGUUUUCUCAAAAUUUAGCAAAAUGAGUGGCUAAAAUUUGGUGCUAAGUAACUAAUAUAUAUAAUCUAGCAGAGUUGCCUAGUUUCUGUAACAGUGGAACAUUAUCUGAAAACGGUAUUGUGACCUUUUAAACCAAAGUUGAAACCAUUAUAAUAAAAAGAAUACUAUUUGUUCAUUUAAAACUAUUUUAAAAUUCU